UGAGGAGGGCUUCUAGUACAACAAUCCUGAAAUGCAAGUGAGGACUUGAUAAGACAAAGGAGAAUGAUGACCGGAGAAAGUAAGCUUUUUACUCAGAUUAAAUAAUUCUCUGAAGAUUAGUUUGAACUCAAAACUACAAAAAAAACUCUCUGUAGGCAGCAUAUGUCUAUGUGUAUUGAGAGUAUUGCUGUUAGUUUUCUGCUGGUUUAGUUAUAUUUUUUCAGUUACCAGCCUGUAUUGUAGCGCGUCUCCAACAACAUGAAGGACGAAGACAAACUACAAAUAGAAAAAUUCCUUUUCAUGCUGAUCAACUCCUUUUUUGUUAUUCUCGGUCUAAGCCUUUUUGGCGCUUCAGUAUGGAUUUUAUUUGACACAACAGGUGUCAUAACUAUUGUAAGCAAUGAGGCAGACGUAAAGGUGGUGGCCGGGGGGCUGUUUGUUAUCGGUCUGGUGGUUGUGGGAGUCUCCAUGUUGGGCUGCUUUGGAGUCUACUUAGAAAACAGAUGUAUUAUUUCACUUUACAUGGGCUUCUUAAUUGCCAUCAUUUUUGGUGAACUUUUCAUCACCUUCUUACUGUUGAUCAAACAGAACCAAAUUGAGAGGUUUUUGACUGAAACUGUAGAUGCCAUCAUCAGCACGUAUGGGGUUAACAAUACACAAACCACCUGGAGUCUGCUGGACAGAGUGCAGAAGUCUGCAAAAUGCUGCGGCAGACAGAACGCCAGCGACUGGGAGACAAACAAAUUUAUUCAGGUCCAGAAUACAUCUGAUAUUUACCCCUGCUCUUGCUUCAAUGGGAGCUGCCCUGUAUUCCUGUCUAAUGAGAUGUACCAGUUCGGAAAUGGUUCUUUUAUCUACACAAUGGGCUGUGAACAGAAACUGAAGGAUUGGUUUGAAACGAACGUACUUGUGAUAAUAGGCAUGGACUUUGCACUCCUAAUCAUUCAGGUCUUGCAGUUUAUUUUGGGAUUUCUUAUCUGCCAGAACAUUGGCUCUAAGAACAAAGCUCAGCACGCGGAAAAUCUUCUCGAUGCAAUGGAGAACCCGGCAUCAAGUUCUGACCCUCACCAGAAUGACCUGGAGUACUACCACCCUAACAUAAACACGUAUGACCCUCAGGUGUAUGAUGCCUAUAAUCAGGAACAAACUGGACAGACUUUUUACCAAGAUUGUGAUCUCCAACACCAAUACCAGCCCAACAUUCAUACCUAUGACCAGAAAUGGAACGAUGGGUAUGACAACGCUGCACAGAAUUACGAUCAGUAUGAAAGCCAAAUGUAUCAGCACCAUCGUGGCCCUGAGCACAACCAUCAUUUCUACAACCCAAAACCUGAAGAUGAUUAUAUACAACAUGCUGAUCCAAGUUAUGAGCAGUAUUAUGAGCAACAUUACCAAUAAAUCCGUGACUUGAACCAAGAGUUAUAAUAGCAAUUGUAUGCAGGGUUAUGUUCAUGAUGACUAAAGGAAUAGUUAUUAUUAGUCAUAAUAGUAUCUUCAGCAUUACUUGCACCUUACAAAAUGAUACAAUAAUUAGAAAAAAAUAUAUAUAUAACUAUCUUUCUGCUAAAAGUCCUGUCACCUGUCAAAAUUAGUUUUGGAAUGGACAGUGGAUGACUGGAAGAAAGUUCAUGACAGAUAAGUCCAAAUCUGACAUUUUUAACUUUAAAAGAACUUUUGAAGAGAGAACAAUAGAGAUGUUACCAGACUGCCUCACCUUUACAGUCAAGCAUGGAGGUGUAAGCCUAAUGGUUUGGGAUUGUUUUGGAGCAAGGAAGGCUGGAGAUUUAUUAUGGGUGAAAGGAACCAACAUAGCAAAAGGAACCGUCAUUGUAAUUGACUUUAUCAUACAUCAAAACAGUGACACAAAGCAAACAUCCAAGCUCUGUGAGUGUUAUUUAGACAGCAAACAGUCAGCUGGAGUGUUAUCUUUCGUGGAAUGGCCAGCCCAGUCUUCUUCUUCUUUUGGCUGCUCCUAUUAGGGGUCGCCACAGCGGAUCAUCUGUCUCCAUACACCCCCUGUCCUCUACAUCUGCCUCUUUCAACCCAACCACCUGCAUGUCUUCCUUCACCACAUCCAUAAACCUCCUCCUUGGGCUUCCUCCUCUCCUACCUCCUAACAGCUCCAUCCUCAGCAUUCUUUUACCAAUAUACCCCAUGUCCCUCCUUUGCACUUGUCCAAACCAUCUCAACUGCACCUCCCUCACCUUGUCUCCAAAACGUCUUUCAUGUGUUGUCCCUCUAAUAAACUUAUUUCUAACAUCUUCAGCUUCAUCAAGAUUGAGAUCAAGAUUUGAAGAUUCAUCAACAUCUUCAGCUCUGCUACCUCCAGCUCCACCUCCUGUCUUUUACUUAAUGCCAUUGUCUCUAAACCAUACAUCGCAGGUCUCACCACAGUUCUAUAAACUUUCCCUUUCACUCUUGCA